UACCCCCUACAAGAGCUACAGUUUUGGAGAUGCCCUGACUUGUCAUCUAGCCAUCACAAUAUCUUGUCAAAGUCACUCAAAACCUUAUUAGUUGUAAUGUCACAACUAGGUUAACUUACCGGUGAUACAGAGAAGCUUUACCACUUUUCAUAUGUAACAACAUUUGCGAUGAUAUAUACUGUAGAUACACACUGACUGAAGAAUAUAGUGUCAUUAUUGUUAUUGCAGUAAUUAUUGAGCUUGGCAGGUGUUGUCUUACUUUGUCCAUCAACAUUCACGUCUCCAUCCUGCAGUUUUCUGACACCAGAGAGUUGAUGUCGCCUUCCCACCUGCUCCUCCCUCAUCACUUUAUUCUCUUGUGGGAAACACUGUAAAGGCCAAUCCUUUUAUGGCUGUUAAUGAUUCCUGACCAAACACAAAGAUACUGGACGCCCCCUCACUUUAAUUUUCCUAUUAUGCGUGUGCUGACUUGCUUUGUAUUUGCUGUUGACAGGACUACAUGGCCUGUAAUCACGUACACCACCUCUCUCAUUCAGCUGUUUUCACCUCUGUUCAGCUCUCUUCUCUACACCUGCUGGUCUGAGGGGAGCACACUGACAGAUCAGAUAGCAGAUAGGUAGACUAUAUAAGAGUGGUACACUGUAGUUUUAGUAGACAGACUGAAAAAUUCAGAGGAAAUCAUCUAUGAAUACAGCUCUCUGUUCAUUUUCUCUUUGCAGGUUUUCUCAAACUACACACCUCAAUGUGUAAGGGGCUCUCCUCCCUGCCCUCCUCAUGCCUGGAGAAGGCAAAAGAGAUGCGGGUGAAGUUAAGCCACCUGGCUGAGACGCACCACAAGCAAAAGGUUCAGGAUGCAAAAGCUUUUCAGGACCUGGAAACUCUGCUGAACACCAAGAGUGGUCUGCAGGUAUUUCGUGAGUUCCUGCGUUCAGAGUUCAGUGAGGAGAACAUCAUGUUCUGGCUGGCCUGUGAGGACUACAGAGUUUCUCCUUCAAAGACCAAGGCCACCAACAUCUACAACCAAUUUAUCAACCCUGACGCCCCGCAGGAGGUCAACUUGGACGCUGAGACCCGGGAGGCUCUGUUGAGUGUGAUGGACUCCGUGUGUGCCAACACAUUCAACAACGCCCAGCAGAGGAUCUACACUUUGAUGGCCAAAGACUCCUUUCCCAGAUUCCUGCGUUCUGCUCACUGCAUGGACGCCAUUAAGGCUUUCUAAACAUACACUGUUUUAUUAUUACCACAGACCUGCUUUAGAUAUAAGUGCUGAUGAAUCUGUACUGCUUGACAUGUUGAUUGUAUUUUAACAACUAGCUUGUUUUGUGAUUGUAUUUCAUGUAAUAGUGCUGUCUUUGUGCACUGUAUGCAUGUCAGCUAAUGUAAUGACACUGAGCGGAGACAUAGUUAAAGUCUCACAUAUAAACCUCAUUUAUGAAGCUUAAAUGUAGACGCAACAACAAUGCACCUCUAAACUGUAUAAGCUACAAGUGAUUUAAAUGAUGACAAGUGAUUUAA